UAGAAAUCGUCAAACGUAAAGUCUUUAGCAUGACUCUUUCUGUCCACAGGCUUCAAUUCGUCUUCGUCUUCAAUGUCUGACGCGAUUUUCAGCUCCAUUGCGCUUGACGCUACACGAAUGUUCUUAGCCUUUUCCGAAACAUCCAUUGUCCUCGUGGUCGGAUCAUAUUUCGGUAGUGGUUUUGUUCCGUACACACUUCUCGGUUUCAAUCGUCGGAACACCAUGCGAUGCAUAUUGGCUGCCUCCUUGCCAAUGAGCACUGCAUCUGGUCCCAUUUCAACGUCUGAUUCUUGUGGUAGCAUCAGUUUGAACAACAUGUUGUACAUGAACAAUGCCUCUUUUGAAAUGGGACGCUCGAUGACCACAGUGAAUCGGCCAUUUCUGAAAAACCGCCUUGGAAUUUCUAACCGACAGGGCUUCUAUCACAUUGUCAUAGGCAGGUUUAAGCCGAUACUUCAAAGGUUUAGAGCCCAAGAACAUGACGUCUUUAAAAGCACAGUCUUUACUCCACCAAUGUGUUCGUUCCUAGGAGACUUGUCGCAUUCUUGGCUAUCAACCAUCCAACCACGAAAAACAGGGUGA